AGCAGACUGGAGCCAACCUCCUCCUGCUGUUUCUCGAAUUCCUUUGUAGUUUCCUACUCUUCACCCGACUUUCUAUAUUUUUGGUUUUUCGUCAUUCACCACUGUUUCCAUCCCACAGAGUUAUCUCCGUCGUUUGAGGAAUUAGUCCCAUCGUCGAAAUGGCCAACAACAGAGAAAUCGUGAUAAAGGAGGAAGACCCUAAAGCUCCCAGAUUCGUUUUCCCUUUCUUCCCUAAUUUUAAGUUUGAUUUGCCUUUCUUGAAGACAAACUCUACUGAGGCCUCUGGUAAAGAGGUCGAGAGGCGAACUGGGACUGUGGAUGAUGAAAGUACUGGGAACGAUGGUGCUAAGCCUAGCUUUGUGAGGUUUCCAAAAACCCAGUCGGUUGUUCCUCCUCCUUUGGAGACUGAGGCCGAAGAGUCUGCCAAAACUUCCAAUCCUAUUAUACUCUGGCAGGUUUAUGCAUUGGGAGGAAUCCUUAUUGCAAGGUGGAUUUGGGCAAGAUGGAAUGAGAGGAGGCCUAAAGGGAGGAACCCCAAUGAUGAGAAUUCCCAAAAUAGGCGUUCUUCAGAUGAGAAUGAGGGUCGACCGUCUGGUAAUGAAUAGAGAUUUUGAUUUUCUAUAUAGCUUGGGUUGUUAGAUGUCUGAACUCACUUCGACAUCUUCUCAUUGGCUGUGUAAAUCGCCACUGUUUUAUAAAGCUCCUCUUUAGCUUCAUAGUAUUACAAAUCUUUUGCUUGACAUGUGAACUUUGACUCUUGCAGUCCUAUACUCCUCUUGAACUUUGAUGUUGCGUUUAUCAUUGUAUUAAAACCAACAACAUUUGUUUCAUGAAUUGAAUUUGAAUGUAUAUGGGGUUAGCUCUUAAUAAUUAUUCCUACUA